AGGAGCGAGGGAGCGCGCGGCGCGGCGCGGAGAAGAGACCGGCGACCCCAUAAGGAGCGGGGUGGGGGCAGGCAGGGGCCGGGCACACGAUGCGGGACAGCGCUGCCCUGGGGAUGGGGAGCCCGUGUUGCUCGGCGUUUUCCCGGGGGGCCGCGGUGAGCGGGGGGCCGGAGCCAGGCGAGAAGGGGCUGGUGUAUCAAGAGACGCCCGAGCUCUUGCAGGGGGUGAAGCCGGUGCCUGGAUCAGUGGAAGCCGAGACCCCCAGUGGGUCUGCCCCCGGGGGGCCCCCCGAGGUGCGCCUGUCCCUACGCCGCUGGCCCGUGGUGCUGCUGUUCAGCUGCUACUCGCUCUGCAAUGCCUUCCAGUGGAUCCAGUACGGCAGCAUCAACAACAUCUUCAUGCGCUUCUACGGCGUGAGCACCUUCGCCAUCGACUGGCUCUCCAUGUGCUACAUGCUCACCUACAUCCCCCUUCUUUUCCCUGUGGCCUGGCUGCUGGACAAGAGGGGCCUGCGCCUCAUCGCCCUCGCCGGUUCAGCCUUCAACUGUCUAGGCGCCUGGGUGAAGCUGGGCAGCAUGAAGCCGCACCUCUUCCCUGUCACUGUCCUGGGGCAGGUCAUCUGCUCGGUGGCGCAGGUCUUCAUUCUGGGCAUGCCCUCGCGCAUCGCCUCCAUCUGGUUUGGGGCCCAUGAGGUCUCUACCGCCUGCUCCAUCGCUGUCUUUGGGAACCAGCUUGGAAUUGCAGUGGGCUUUGUUCUCCCUCCCGUUCUGGUUCCCAACUUGGAGGACACAGAACAGCUGGCCUACCACAUCAGCAUCAUGUUUUCCAUCAUUGCAGCCGUGGCAACGGUGCUCUUCAUCCUCGUCAUCAUUGUGUUCCGGGAGAAGCCCCCGUUUCCCCCAAGCCGGGCCCAGGCCUUGAUCCGGUUGAAGCCACCUGAGGAAUAUUCCUACGUGCAGUCCAUCCUCAGGCUGCUCCGCAACACCAAUUUUGUCCUGCUGAUAGUCACCUAUGGUUUGAACACUGGUUGCUUCUAUGCCCUGUCCACUCUGCUAAACCGCAUGGUGAUCCAGAACUAUCCAGGGGAGGAGGUGAAUGCUGGAAGAAUUGGACUCACCCUUGUAGUGUCUGGCAUGGCUGGAGCUCUGCUCUCUGGCAUUUGGUUGGAUAAAACCAAAACCUACAAGCAGACGACGCUGGCAGUUUACAUCAUGUCUCUGGGGGGCUUGGUGGCCUAUACCUUCACCCUGAGCUUAGGCCACCUCUGGGUGGUCUUUGUGACCGCAGGCAUGCUGGGGUUCUUCAUGACAGGUUACCUACCACUGGGUUUUGAGUUUGCGGCAGAGUUAACGUACCCAGAGUCAGAAGGAAUGUCUUCAGGCCUCCUUAAUGUAUCGGCACAGGUUUUCGGGAUCAUUUUCACCAUUGCCCAAGGGAAGAUCAUCGAUCACUUUGGGACGCAGGCGGGAAACCUCUUUCUUUGCUCCUUCCUACUCCUGGGGACUUUCAUAACUGUGUUCAUUAAGGCCGAUCUCCGGAGACAGCAGGCCAAUCUGGAUGGUGAACAGACAGACGUAAGCAGAGACGUCCACCCAGCGCUCCUGAAGCAGUCAGUGUCCAAGGCUGGCAAAAUGCAUAAGAUAAGCUCCCUGCUGGCUCGAAUUUUACCUUUUUGGAAGACAGUGCCGCCUUCCACCAGAUAAUCUCUAACGGCGCCGAUCUGGAGAGACCAGUGGCUCCAAGAUACCUCGUGGCCACCCUGCUCCGACCGUCGGCCCAGGAAGGUGUAUUUUAAAUAAUCUCUUAUACAAAUAGCUCGGCAUAAGCAUAAAACAUACUGGACAAAAUACAUAAGGGGAAUUGACCCCCAUACAGCCCUCCAAAUGUAAUCCCGGAGCAGGGAUAAAAAACGGCCACCAAAUCCAUCCCAUGUGGGGCCCUCCAGUAUAUUCAUCUGGGGGCCCCUUGUUUAACCUGUACCACACCAGGUAACCUCCCCCGUUUUUUGAAUCCAAUAAGCUUCCUGGGGAGAUGAGCCCCGAUGUGGCAAACAGCAUAGAUUAGGGACUGUGAAGUGUUGAGCUCCCCAGCAUAGUAAUGCACACAGGAAAGCCUGGAAAAUCAAGUACACUGUUUAGCAUGGUUGUAGAAUACAGCUGGUCGCUACAGUUACAAAAUUGUCUGAAUCACUCCUGCCCCAUGGCUUUCUAAAGCUCCCUUUUGUCACUGAAGGAGGAAAUGCUGGAUUAGCAGAGACCAGGCCUCUGGGGAGAUGGAUCUUCCAGCUCUAGUGCCAAAGAUGUAUUAAUCUUGUGCCAAAUUUCAUCUGUAUGCAACUGUGCAAUGCAACUGAGCUGCAAUGAAGGGUGCUAGUGCUGCUGCCUCUUGCUCAGAAAGAAGCCGUGACAAGAGCCUGAAAUAUCCAGUCCUUUAGGCAGCAGAUGUAAAGACUACUGAUAAGGCCCCUUUCCUUUAUUAGUCACAAGGUCUCUUUCCAAAUGAAUUGCGGGCCUGUGCUCAGGCCAGUUAAACUAAUGGAACAUUUUGUGAAAAUCUAAAAUAAAAUUAGUACUUGUUGCACCUUAGAGACUAACAAAUCUGUGAAGUGAGCUGUAGCUCACGAAAGCCUAUGCUCAAAUAAAUUUGUUAGUCUCUAAGAUGCCACAAGUAUUCCUUUUCUUUAUGCGAAUACAGACUAACACGGCUGCUACUCUGAAACCUAAAAUAAAAUUGUGGGCCUUCAUCUGGGAGGUGUUAAAACAAAGAGAAGGAGGCACAGUUGCUAUUUCAAUAGGACUCAUCCUCCCCUCCUGUGGAACUGUCAGACAGACCCAGGAACUAAUCCCAUUAAGAACUGGAGGGAUAUGCCCGGUGGUGAAGAGUCUUCAAACACAGAGUAAUUCAGGGUAAAUAUCAAAACCAUCCAGGAGCUACUCUCAUUGGAGGCCUCCGAGAGACUCCCCUACAGCUCUGACCUCUGUCUGGCUUCUUUGCAUGAACUUUAUGACCCAGGUAUUUCCCAAGCAAGCAAAUGAAGCAGGUCAGGAAUAAGAGGCUGGGUCUAUAACAAACAGUGUCAUAACAAAGUAAAGUUUUAUGUACAGAUCUAUUAACUCCCAGUCCAUAGACUACCUCCUGUUGGUUGUAUAGCCUGGGCUAGCUGGUCUCUCAGUAAAAUAAAUGGACUAAAUGAGAGUCCAGUCAAAUAUGCAAAUACUUUAAGUCCCCACUUGAGCAGAUUUUCUUCUGUCUGACUCACACUCUAUAGGUUAAAAUGGAAGCAUCCAUCAGAAGAGGGGAGGCUGAAAAGUUGCUCACUUUUAUUGCCUCCUGGGGAGCUAUGAGCUAAAGAUUUUCCAACAGAAGAUUCUGUAGUAUUUGCCAAGUACCCCACUUACUCUCCAAGCACCUGGGUGUUUCACUGGUUUCCUCCUUCUCCAGGAAUGGAUGACUUUUCUCUCUCUCUCUCUCUUGCUCGUGUCUCCUUUUCUGGGAUCACGACCUGUGGCUGUUGUUACAGAGACUCCAGGACAGCAGUCACAUCACGGAUUAUGGAAUGUAGCUUGUAGCCUUAACCCCAUCACUUCCCAUCCCCGCUCAGUAGCUCUCACACAAAGGUAGGAGAAUCACACUAAUCUGCUUAUCUAAUUGCUCACAGGAGUGGCACUGGCACCAAACCAAUGGCACUAGCUGAUGCUGCUCCCCAAGGCAAUGCAACAGCUGGAGUGAUUGGGGUGAUUGGGGUGUUCGGGGUAUAGAAGCUGCUCUUGGCCUCUCCAGGAGACAGGGUGGGGAGGAGAAGAGAUGGGUCUUGAGCUUGUGGGGUCCUAAAAAGAAUGAGGACUGAAGCUGAGGCUGCUUGGGUAACUGGAGCUGAGUAGUUAUUUAAAGUCACCAUCCAGCCUCCUCGGCAGGAGGUUCUGUCUGGGAUUGUGUCGGAGAGCUGGUCCUGACAACAUAGAGAUAUGAUGCCAAUCAAAUGAAGUAUUAAAGACUUUGGCAAUAAUAGUUGGUGCCUUUUGUUAGAAGAGUAACUGUAAAUCAUAAAGCUCUCUGUUUUUUGCUCUGUAAUUCCAGCCCUUUGCUAGAAGUGGCUUCUCAGCUGCUGCCUAGGGAUGUUUAAUGCUUUGCUGCGCUCUUGCUGUUUGAACCCUCUGCUGUGCCUGGCUGCCCUCCCCAAAACAUUAUCUGUCCUGUUCAUGAUGUUUGAAGGUGUUUUGUGCAUGUAUUUGCUCAAUGGUGUGCAGCAAACAAGCCAAGCUGGCAAGGACCAUUGUUCAGUCCUGAGAUAGUAUAUUGGCAACAUUGAGUUGUUGCAUGGUGCGCAGCUGGGAGCAUUAGGUUGUGCUCCAGUGCAAGUGUAGGCAGAGACCACAAGGUGAGUCUGAGUGCAGGUGAGUGUAAGCUGUGAGCUGCGGGUGACCAGAUGUCCCAAUUUUACAGGGAAAGUCCCAAUGUUUGGGGCUUUGUCUUAUAUAGGUGCCUGUUACCCCCACCCUUUGUCCUGAUUUUUCACCCUUGCUAUCUGGUCAUCCUAUUUCAGCCUGAGUGCUUGUGAGACUCAAGUCCCCUGCAUGCCUGGUCCCUUCCUGCAAGAGCAUAGGAUAGAAAAGGGAUGGGGCAAAACAUUGGUGAGUCUAAGGAGAUCUGGGUUAAGUACAGUCCUCUUCAUGCUAAUGAAGUGCUGAGCUGUGCACUCCAUUGUACGCCUCAUUCCUGACACUUGGUAGCAGUAACCUUGCAGCUGUGCAGCAGUAUCUCACCAUCUUGUCUAUGCACUCCCUAUCCGUGGCCCCACGAAGUCACGGGACCUCGUCAACCUCCUUCUAGCCCUGGCCAAAAUGGCCAUUUACAAGACCGGGGAGAGGAGGUUGGCCGACGGGGUCUCCUGUGAGGGUGGGGCCUAUUUCUGAUCCUCUGUCCGCUCGUGCAUCCAGGCGGAGUUCCUCUGGGCGGCGUCCGCUGGCUCCCUUGACAUCUUUGAGGAUCAGCGGGUGCUGUCUGAGGUUUUCUGCUCGGUGUCCCCGUCAGGUUCCCUUUGUUUAGCCCUCUGACCUCACUCCUAUCCCUGUUCUAUCUUUAGUUGUCCCCCGUACUCACUUGGAAUCCUGGACCUGUGGAUACUCCUCAUAGGCUGGGGGGAGGUCCUUUAGUAGUUGGCAGGCUCUGCCCGCCCACUCCUUGGAUCCCAAUAGGAUCAGUGCAGGAUAGGGAUUCCCACAUAUUCCCUGUCCUAUGCAGCAUUGGGCACUCUGCACUUACACAUUGCUCUGCACCUCUGCUGCACAAGGACAAGUCCAAGAAAAUCUUGUUGCAAGGUGGGAAGUGCCAAUGUUCCUAAAGCUCUGAUGCCCAGAGCAGUACAAAGCGUGGUUCUCCUGCCUGGUGGUGGGAUCUGUCUUCUGGGACAGUUCCAAAAAAGAGGCUGGAGGUGGGUGUACAAACCCCACAUGGGGCUAUUAUCAUUUGAAGCCUUGAUCUCAUGUAUUUGGGAAGUUUGCAGUAGGGUCUGUAACUGGGAUUUUAAAUUGAAUUUGGGCAUAGAGGGCUUGCAGCCUUGUAUCUGCAGCUUGGCAGCCUAGACUAGAAGAGGGUGAAUGAUUGGUACGGGGGAGGGAGGUUGGGGGCAUGAUGCUUAAGAACCUGGUUACUUCAAAUGGGCUUUAGAAUUGGAGCAAGCAACAAUUACUAAAUGGUUAAAUUGUGAAUUUCUGUAUUGGCCCCACAUUACAAUCACACUUAUGAAUGUGCGUGUUAGGAAAUGCAUAAGUUUAAACUGUGGCUCCACUCUGCCAGGUGGCCUGGUGGAGGGUUCAUGAUUGUCAUGUCUUUGUCAGGCCCGUACUAAAUGUGCUCACUUUGCAACUAAAAUGUUUUUUUCUAACUGCCAGUUCAGCAAACUGCAUUUGGACUUUCUUUCUCACAUGACAUCCCUAAAGAAAGGUGCUGAAGGCCCAAUGCUGCCCUCCAUGAUCCCUGUGUAACCCCACUGUGACCUAUGGGUUUGCACAGGGGUAACAGAUUGGCCUCCUCUGUGAGAGAGUGGGAAGCUGGCAGAGUGGUUUUGGUGAGGGUCCCUCACCUUUAGGGCUCACUCCUCCACGUCCAGGAUAGACCUUAUUUAUUGACCCAGCAGAGCUCUUUUUGUUUUUCCUGUCUGGGAGGCACUGGGAGUACUUUGAUGGGAAAUGGAGUGGUUGUAUGUUAAUUGUGGGGCAAAGAGGGGUCUAUUUUUAAAAUGUGCCAGUGAGUACCUAGAGCAAAGGCCCGAUGGCUCCUUUUCAUGGAAGGAAAUUGAUUGAUUAAUUUCAAUGGAGUGAAGGAUUCAAUUGGUGAAAGGAUUAGAAGCCAGCUCCUCUGAGAUAGCUGUCUUGGCUCUGCAGGGGUCAUAGGAACAUAAAGCUGAACAUAUGUGUGCAUGUGCGCAUGUGUGUGGUGUUUUUUGCAGUUGAAAUAAUUAGCUCUGACUCUGCUACCCACAGAGGAGAGGCUCUGUGGAGUGAGAAGGGGCCAUCUGUACUUGGUUGCUUUUCAGAGCUGAACCACACUCCUAACAGUGGUCUGUCCAAGAGCUGUACAGUGUGUCUUUACUUAUUCCAGCAAGAACUGCCUUGUGACCACGCACAAAUCGUCUUCUAUCAAUGCACCUCGCCACUUACAUGGAAUGGCUUUGCAACUGGAAGCUCUUUUUCAGUGCGAGUUAAAUUGACGUAAUGGCAGUGUGAAUGCUUCACCCUCCAGUAUAACUAUGCCAGUACUAUUAAUCCUUUCACUGCUAUCCCAUCUAGCAUCAAUUCACAUCUGAAGUUAGCAGUUUGUUUAGUUUUCUGUGUUCCACUGCUCUUGAGACAUUUGGACCAAAUGUCCUCUUCUCCUUAAAUGCUAUGUGCAGAUGUCCAGGGAUCUCUAUUUGUGACUUGCUUUCAUUACAAGUACAUGAAAUCUGAAGCUAUCACAGUCAUCUUGUGUUAGCAUCCCAUAGCAGUGUCAACUAGCUCAUAUUACCAUGCUGUAUUAUAGUGGGUGCAGGUAGCACCACAGUGUAAAACUGAGGCUGGCUUACAGCAUCCAUUCUAACCUUUCUUUUAUAGUUUGCUUGUGCUCUGAUUUGUUGCUUUCUGAAACAAAUGCCUUUUAUGGGUAAAAUUUUCCAUGCUGGGUCUCGGCUCAGCAAUGAAAUUUUCAACAAAGAUUUUAAGCAACAUCUGUUCAGAAGUAUGUUAAGAUUUUUUUUUUCAUCAAACAAAAAUGCCUGCCUAGAAUUUUGAACAUGCAUGAUUCCAAAAUAGUAGAACUGAUUUUGUUCAAACUUGGCUUGUUUUGUAGAUCUCCUUGAAACUUACAAUUCAUGCCAAAUCUAAAGACUAUGUGGAGUGCAUUGAAAUUUACUCUACAGCAGGUUUUGUAAAAAAUUCCAACUUUUUCUAUUGUAUGACAAACAGUUGUUAUCAAUAGAUCAUAUUUUUAAGUAUGAGCACAAGGAUGCUUCAGCUUUCAGCCACAAUUCUUUCUUAACCGUAAUGCUAGUUCCCCCCCACCCAUGGAACAUGGUCCUGCUGUACUUGAAAAUGCUACACGUAUAAUAUAGGGUGAGUCAGCAUUGCUGUGAGGAAACAACUGUAUUUCCUGAGUUAGGGUGUUUAAAGAUCCUGCUUUUCUGAUGUAGCCAUGUUGGCAGGCUUGAUUUGAAGCAUGGUUCCAUCUUGCAGUGAGAUGACACCUUCGCUGUGUCCUCAAUGGCACUGGAACCCUGUUAAGGUCCCAUUUACACUGCAUGAUGGAACCUUGUUUUGGCUGCUUGUCGGUGACAACUUUGUGUUUUAUUGUGCGUGCAUGUGUCUGGGUGUGGAGGUAUUUCUGACAGUGUGCUGAGGUCUAGCCAAAAUCCUCUUAGCUCUGGUGAGGUGCCCUGACUCAGGGCUGAGAUACUUGCUUAGUGGAAAGCUUGGAUUCCAUCAUCUCCCUGGCUCACCAGGGCCUCACAACUUCAGCUAUCUAGUUCUAGUGAAAUAUUGCAGCUAGCAAAACUCCUUGAAUUUUACUGGGCAAGGACAGGGCAUGGGAAGAAUAUUCCCAAGAAGAUUCUCUCCCUCUUGCCACUCCCUGGAGAUCACAUGCCUCUUUACUCUGCUGACCUUUCAUGUUAACAAUGUGGCAAGUAGCCAGCAUCCCCUGCCCCAAAUCUCUGCGCAGGCAGUUUCCAUACCUCAUUCCCAGUGGUGGUGUCUCCAUCUAUCGCCACUGCAUGUGCCUGCUUGUGUGUGUUGCCUUUUCCCUUUCCCAGGAUUGUGUAGCCAUGUGUGUUUGCAGGUUUACUAACCCUUUGUUCCUAUAGCUCAAGAAGAGGUGAAAGGUAAGUGGGGAUGAAGCUGUGAUGGGUUUGGUUUCAGACUCUACUGGCUCCCUGUUUAUUUAAAGCCCCCGUUCAAAAUCACCAAUGGCCUCCCUGGCCAAGAUCCCAGAGCUCGACUCUGAUGCUCUCCCAGCAUAUCUGACUUUGGCCUCUUCUCUCCCUGCCAACACUCUUCCCACUGCUGGUGAGAGAGCCUUCCCCUCUGCAGCUCCUGCUGUCUGGAAAAGCAUCCUUCCAUCCCUCUGACUUUCUGAAGCUUUCCUGAUCUGUCUCCUCCCCUUGAGCUAUUAUUAUUUAACUCUGUACAAGCUUCUGGGCUGCAGUUUGUAUGAAAGAUACUACACAAAAUAAAGCUAUGUUUGUAUCUCUUGCUUCUAAGCUGCCUGGUUUUCUCUUGAACUAUGGGGAGAUGCGAACCUCUUUCCUGUGUGUUUCUGACCAUGGCUCCUGGCUUAGACUUGUCUCACGCCACAGGAAGAUAACUGCUUAGCGCUACCACACCCUGCCUGUACCUGCUGUGUCCUGAGGCCACCAAGGUCUCUUUGGUUUGUUUCUGCUUCAGAGAGCCCUGUAGAGUCUGCCUUAAAUGGUGCAGCAGGGGGGUGCCUAGAAGGAAAUCCUGGGGUAACUCUCAGUGGAACAUCCUGGGAUCUCUUACUGGCAGGGCUGUGGUAAAGGGCUUAUGGGGCAGCUGCCUUUCUGACUCCUGAAUGGGGAGGAGCUGGGUUCCACUUUUGCGUCUAGGUCUAAUAUGCUGGCCUAGCACACACACCUAUUUGGGGAGAGAAGGGAGGGCCCAGACCCAUAUGCCUCUCUAAAGGGCAGCAGCCUACAGUACCUGCCUGUCUCUCUUCCUCUGAGCACUCCAGACAAACAAUGAAAGAAGAGACCUCCUUUCAGACAGGCCCAGGAGGGUUCUCCAGGCUAAAGUCCUGUCCAGCGCUUGUGGGAUGCUGAAGUGUCUGGUGUACUUGGGUAAGAUGACGCAGCAGUGGCUCCAUGCAGCAUUUUACCCUGCAAGCUAGGCCUAGGUUAGAAAUAGCUCCUCUGAAGCAGGGUAAGCUCUAUGGCAGGAAGAUUUGUUCCAGGGACUAUGCAUACUGCUGAAUGCCAGUCUUUUGAACAGUGCCCCUUCUCUUGGGUUCUGUUCUCUGUCCAGAGCACAGGCCCAUUGAAGGCUCCACUCCCAGCCAGUAAAAUUCAGUGAGUUGCCUUAUGUGACAAUGGCAGUUAAGUUAUCUCUUGUAACUGAAGGGCUGACAUCAGGAGCACAGGCAGCAGCAAGGGCCACAGCAGUAAGGAGAGGUGCCUACGCUUCUGUUACAGCAACCCUGAAAAGUCAGGGUGGCAUAGGAAGACACUGCUACUGGGGGGCAGGAUUUUCCUUUAGGCCUGUGUGGGGUUGUCUUUUAUAAGGGCUGAGUUCUGGCUCUCCCAGUCGUUCCCUAGGGAAAUAGGAAAGUAAGACUGGAAAGAAUCUCCUGGGUCAAAUCCAGUCCCCUGCUAUUGCAACCCUGUCAUACAAUCCCGUUCAUAAAUUUAUAAAGCUCUAUUUAUUGGGUGGUUUGUCCCCAGCACCCCUUCCAUCUCAUGGCCAGGGAGCUUUUCUAAUUAAUGAGCCUAAAUUUUUCUUCUGAAAGGGCUUAAUAUAGUUGUUUUCUUUCUUCUGAUGAAUCAACAUAGUAUUUAAGUGCUGAGACAGGCUGGAGGUGCUAGCCCUGGGGCCUGAAUGGGGGUAGGGUGGGGAGAGGGCAAGCAGUGUGAGGACUCAGCUUUGAGUUGGGCAGGGGGAGACCAGUGCUGAAGUUCCUGUCCUGUUUAAAUACACCAGGAUGCAUCGUAUGCUGUUUCAUUAGUGCUUCUCCCCCACCACAGGGUACCUUUUGCCUCCCUUCCCCCCAAGUGCUGCUCUGCACUUCCCCACUUGGAAGCUCCAUUUGCAGUGGAGGUGCAGUCUUUUCUCUAGCUGAGCUGGCUGUGUGGAGCAAGACCCAGGUCCACAGAGCUGCCAUGACUAUGUAUUUAUAAUAGCCCAGGGGACUGCU